GCCCUGCGUGGAGCGAGCGGCGGUCCGGGCGGGAAAUGCGAGCGGCUCCGCUAUGGCGAAAGUGUGGCAGCAGCCGUUGCUCAACGUCUUCAGACACUUCAAAGUGGGCGAGUGGAAGCGGUCCACGAAGGAAGGCGACGUGGCUCCUGUGACAGAUAAGACUCUCCAGUGCACCGUGUACCGCAUCCAGGGCUCUGUCUCUGCCAGCAAUUACCUUCAGCUCCCCAAGACCAGCACCCAGUCCCUAGGGCUGACGGGGCGGUACCUGUACGUGCUCUUCAGGCCCCUGCCCCCCAAGCACUUCGUCAUUCACCUGGACGUAGCCACUGAGGACAGCCGGGUCAUCCGUGUGUCCUUCUCCAGCCUCUUCAAGGAGUUCAAGUCUACGGCCACGUGGCUUCAGUUUCCCUUCAUCUGUGAGGCCGGGCCUAGGAAAGACCUGGCUGGCGUUGCCCCCUCGGGUGCCCGCUGGACGUGCCUGCAGCUGGACCUGCGGGACACCCUCCUGGUCUACCUGAACCGGAGGUACGGCCAUCUCAAGAGCGUCAGGCUGUGCGCCAGUCUGCUCGUCAAGAACCUCUACACCAGCGAUUUGUGCUUUGACCCUGCCGUCACCACUGUGGAGGCCCAGCGGGCAAAGCUGUCUGUCACUCCUGUACCUCGAGAAAUGGCGUUCCCGGUGCCUAAGGGGGAGAGCUGGCAUGAGCACUACGUCCACAUCCGGUUUCCAAGUGUCAGCUCCAGAGCAUCUUCUGAGCCGGCUCAGAAGAGCCGUUCCCCUCCUGAGUCAGUUUUUCGGGGGCACGUGCUGGAGCUUCUCCCUCACCCGGUGGCUUUCAGUAAUCCCUUCCCAGACAGCGUGUCCCCAGUGGCCCGGAUGUUUGGCCCCACAGCCUCUCGCCAGGCCUCGUCCGUGCCCAGGCCCCUCCCAGAGGUCCGCUUGUUCCGUGAGCACUCGGAGGUCUGCGGUGAGAAUGGCCCCGGUGACCAUAGCCAGGAGCCCUCGGCCAGGGCACAGGUCACUAACAAGCACGCCGCUGGCAACAGCACUCACACGUCUUCCCUGGAGUUGGCCACGGUGCCGGUGGCCCUGAGCAAGCGUCCAGGCAGAAAGCAGAGCAGUCGGGACACGGCUUCGGGCGACACUGUCUUCCAACGAAGAAGCUUUCUCCCGGAUCCCAUACUGAGGCUCAAGGGAGUCAUCGGCUUUGGGGGCCACAGUACCAAAUGGGCCGUGUGGACCAAGGACGGGGCUGCGGUGGUGUACCCCUGCCACGCCGUCAUCGUCGUCCUAUGCGUGGACACCCGGGAGCAGCGCUUCUUUCUGGGCCAUACUGACAAGGUUUCUGCCCUGGCGCUGGAUGGGAGCAGCUCACUGCUGGCCUCAGCCCAGGCCGGGCCCGCGAGCAUGCUGCGCCUGUGGGACUUCCAGACCAGGGGGUGCCUGUCCCUGUCCCGGAGCCCGGUGCACACCCUCUGCUCCCUUAGUUUCUCCAGCAGCGGGGUGCUGCUCUGCGGCGUCGGCAAGGACCCCCACGGGAGAACGGUGGUGGUGGCCUGGGGCACAGAGCGGGUGGGACGAGGCGGUGAGGCCGUCCUUCUGGCAAAGACGUACACCGGUGUCGACGUCCAGGCAUUUAAGGUUGCCUUUUUCGAUGAAGCCAGGAUGGCCUCGUGCGGCCAGGGCAGUGUGCGGCUGUGGCGGCUGCGCGGCGGGGAGCUGCGUUCCUGCCCCGUGGACUUGGGGGCGCACCGCGUGCUGGAGUUGACUGACCUGGCCUUCGGGCAGGCCCAGGACGCCCGCACGCUCUACGUGUGCAGCCGCAGUGGCCACGUCCUGGAAAUUGACCACCAGCGCAUGACCGUGCGGCAUGCUCGCCUCCUGCUGCCCGCACAGGCCCCUGGCAGCCCCCUCUCACAGAAGCAGACCUCAGGCGCCGGUAGGUGGACCCCUGCCACACGGGGGGAGCAGUCCCGAUGCUUUGGGCUGACGCCGCCCACUCCUCUAGGCCCUGGCAUUUCCAUCAGCAGCCUCAGCGUCUCCCAGACGACGUGUGCCGUGGGCUCUGACGACGGCUACCUGCGCCUCUGGCCCCUGGACUUCUCCUCCGUGCUCCUAGAGGCAGAGCACGAGGGCCCCGUCACUUUGGUGUGCGUCAGCCCUGAUGGUCUGCGUGUGCUGUCCGCCACCUCCUCGGGCCACCUGGGCUUCCUGGACGUCCCGUCCCGGGAAUACAACAUGCUGACUCGUUCCCACGCCGCGCCGGUGCUGGGCCUGGCCACCGAGCACAGCCGCGGGCAGCUGGCCACCGUGUCCCAAGACCACACUGUCCGCGUCUGGGACCUGGCGACCCUGCAGCAGCUGUAUGACUUGAGGUCCCCGGAGGAGACCCCCCGCACCAUUGCCUUCCACCCGACACGGCCGGCCUUGUUCUGCGGCUUUGGCAGCGGGGCCGUCCGCUCCUUCAGCCUGGAGGCCGCCCAGGUUCCCGUGCAGCACAGGUGUCACCGAGGGGCGGUCACCGGCCUGGCCGUCAGCCCCGACGGCAGCUUCCUGUUCAGCUCCUGCUCCUGGGGCACCUUGGCCCAGUACCGCUGCUCCGCCGCCCAGUGCCGCAUCCUGCGGGUGACAGACGACAUGGUGUGCCGGGAUGCCCACCCGACCCCCAAUGCCCUGGUGGUUAGUGGGGACAGCCGCCUGCUGGCUUUCGUGGGCCCCUCCAAGUACGUGGUGACCGUCGUGAACACAGCCUCAUUGGAGGAGCUGCUGCGAGUUGAUGUCAGUGCCCUAGCCCUGGCCAGCAGCCGCCUGGCCUCGGCAGUGGCCGUCUGCUUUGGCCCCGUACCCCCAGGCCACCUCCUGGUGUCGACGUCGUCCAACACGGUGGUGGUGCUGGAUGCCGCGUCAGGCUGCCUGGUCCGGGAGCUGUCGGGUGUCCACCCUGUGGCCUGCCCCUCCCUGGCGCUCAGCAGGGAUGCCCGCUUCCUGCUAACAGCCGCUGACCGGGCCAUCAAGGUGUGGGACUACGCGGCGAAGGCCAGCCCCGGCCAUCAGGUCUACAUCGGCCACUCAGAGCCCGUGCGCGCUGUGGCCUUCGCCCCUGACCAGCAGCAGCUCCUCAGUGUGGCAGAUGCCAUCUUCGUCUGGGACAUUCUGGGUGCCCCUGAGAGCUCACCCCCGGGAAGUGCCAGAGACUCGCCUGGGGUGCCCCCGACCUGUGAGGCUAGCCCGGGCGAGAGGCAGCUGGAGGACACAGAGUCUGGGGCCAGCGGGCUCCCCCGGCAGCAGGUGCCUGUGCCGUCCCAGGCUGCCCCACUCUGGCUAGGCCUCCGUGCUGGACCCCUCGAGGGUGGUGACGGUGCUUUCUCCACAUCAGAUGAAGAAGGACCCUCAGAGGAGAGCCACAUCCCUGAGGGGCUCCAUCAGGCCUCAGGCCUGCCCAUGCUGGUGAAAGAGGCCAGCGGGGCUGGAGAUGGGGCCUGGGGGGCUCCCGGGGGCCCCUGGGGCUUCAGCAUGCGUCCCCACCCCCGUGGCUGUGCCACUGCUCGGAGCACCUCAGCAGCCCAGGCCCGUCCGCCCGCCCGCCCAGACUGCUACAGGCACUUCGUGGCUCGCUACAAGUCGCCCCUGCUGGUCAAGAGCACCUCCGUCCCCGGUGCCCGCACUGAGCGUCUGCUCCUCAAGGCCGUCGUGGGCUACAAUGGGAACGGACGGGCCAAUGUGGCCUGGAAGCCAGACACAGGCUUCUUCGCCUACACAUGUGGCUGCCUGGUGGUGGUGGAGGACCUGCAUUCAGGUGCCCAGCGGCACUGGCUCGGCCACCCCGAGGAGGUCUCCACGCUGGCCCUCAGCCAUGAUGCUCAGAUCCUGGCCUCUGCCUCAGGCUGCGGCAACACAGCCUCCCGCUGCCAGAUCCGCAUCUGGGACGUGCCCGGGGGCUCCUGCCGGCGGCUCAUCUCUUACCACAACACCGCGGUGCAAGCCCUGGCUUUUUCGCCCGAUGACGCGCUUCUCGUCACGCUGGGGGACUAUGGUGACUGCACCCUGGCCCUGUGGAGCAUGGCCACCUAUGAGCUCCUGUCCUCCGUCCGCCUGCCGGAGCCAGCGCACGACGUGGCCUUCAACCCCAGGGAGGCCGGCGAGCUCGCCUGCGUGGGCCAAGGUGCCAUCACCUCGUGGCUCCUGCAGCAGCGUGGGGCCAGCGUCCGCUCCCAGGCGCACCGGGAGCCCAUCCCUGAGGAGCUGGGGGCGGGCGAGCUGACCUCGCUCUGCUAUGGGGACGCACCGCUGCUCUACUGCGGCUCCAAUGCCGGCCAGGUGUGUGUCUGGGACACAUGUGCCAGCUGCUGCUUCCUGGCCUGGGAGGCGGACGACGGCGAGAUAGGAGUGCUGCUGUGCUCGGGCGCUUGGCUGGUCAGCGGCAGCAACAGCAGGCGGCUCCGUCUGUGGGCGGUGGGGGCCGUGCCGGAGCUGAGGCGCAAGGGCGCCCGCGCCAGGUCUAGCUCCGUGUUCAUGGAGCGCGAGCUGACCUUGGAUGGGGCCAUCGUGAGUGCGGUGUUCCACGACAGCAUGGACAUGGGCGUGGCAGGCACCACGGCGGGCACACUCUGGUACGUCAGCUGGGCUGAGGGCACCAGCACCCGCCUCAUCAGUGGCCACAGGAGCAAGGUGAACGAGGUGGUUUUCAGCCCCAGUGCGUCCCACUGGGCCACGUGCAGUGACGACGGGAGCGUCAGAGUGUGGUCCCUGGCCAGCAUGGAGCUCCUGGUCCAGUUCCAGGUGCUGAACCAGAGCUGCCUGUGCCUGGCCUGGAGCCCUCUGUCAUGCAGACGCCCCGAGGAGCAGCAGGUGGUGGCAGGCUACAGCGAUGGCACGCUGCGCGUCUUCAGCGUCUCCCGCAUUGCUAUGGAACUUAAGAUGCACCCCCACCGGGUGGCGCUGACAGCCAUUGCCUUCUCUGCCGAUGGUCAGACCGUCCUCUCUGGAGACAAGGAUGGGCUUGUGGCUGUGAGCCGCCCCCGCACGGGGAUGACCUUCCACGUACUGAGUGACCACCAGGGCGCUCCGAUCUCCACCAUCCAGAGCACACACAAAGAGUACGGAGACUUAGGGGCAGAGGGUGCCGACCUGUGGCUGGCCGCCAGCUCAGACCAGCGAGUCAGCAUCUGGGUCUCCGACUGGUCACGUGGCCACUGUGAGCUCUUGGACUGGCUGAGCUCCCCCUCGCCUGCCCUCACGGAGUUUCCCAGCCAUCCACCGCCCUCUCUUGCUGCCUUCUGCCCCUGGGAUGCGGCACUGCUGGUGUGUGCGGGCCUCGGCGUGCAUCCAGAGGUGGCCUUCUACAGCCUCCGCCAGAAGCAGGUGGUGGAGAAGAUCUCGCUUCCUUUCUUUGCCGUGUCCCUGAGCCUGUCCCCUGGAGCCCACCUCAUGGCCAUUGGCUUUGCUGAGCGAAUGCUGAGGCUGGUGGACUGUGCGUCGGGGGCCGUGCAGGACUUUGCUGGGCAUGACGACUUGGUGCAGCUCUGCAGAUUCGCCUCAUCUGCCCGGCUGCUCUUCUCAGUGGCCCACAGUGAGAUCCUGGUGUGGGAAGUCACAGGCCACCGGGCCACAGAGGAGUCACUGGGCUCCGGGCCCCGACUGGCCUGGUGGAGAAGCUGAGCUGUUCCAGGGCCUCCUGAUGAGCCACGAUGGCUUCUAGGCCGGGUGUCUCCACAUCAGAUGGACCUGAGGCUGUAAAUCAACCUGAGCUUAACAGAAAGGGCUCUAGAAUUGAGGGCUUUUCUAUGCCUCUGCCCUGUGAAGUUCAAAUAAACGUGGGUGUUGCAUUCUGG